UGUCCAAAUCUCUGCCAUUUUUGCCGAAUUCGAAGCAUUCCUAUCCUCUCCGUUUUAUUCGCAGACUCGCGUUGUGCAUCUCAGCUGUAGAUUGUAACUUAGGGUUCUCUAUUCAUUUGUAUCUCAAGUUACUGAUUGCUGUAAUGCUCUGGUUCCCUAUAACCAGGAUUUGUUGUUAUUUCAAUCGAUUUUGCCAAUUAGAUUGGUUUUAGAGAAAGUUUCCUUCGAUUCCUGUAUUUGUAUAGUUCUUAAGAUGGAGAAUUCGCGUAGACCGUUUGAUAGAUCCAGAGAUCCAGGCCCGAUGAAGAAACCAAGGCUCAACGAGGAAUUAAUCCGGCCGGUAAACUCGAACGCGCGGCAGUUUUCGUCGCAGAGAACGCUCAGUACGGCGGUGGCAGCACCACCUGCGUCGUCAAGAUUUCGAGCCGGUGGCAGAGAAACGGAGAGUAAUAUUGCCAGUGAUCCGAGCCGCGAGGCUUACCAGCCACAGCCUGUUCAUCCACAUUACGAGCUUGUGAACCAGUAUAAGUCGGCACUAUCCGAGCUCACUUUCAAUUCGAAGCCAAUAAUUACGAACCUCACAAUAAUUGCUGGAGAGAAUGUUCAUGCUGCCAAGGCCGUUGUAGCCACCAUUUGCAACAACAUCCUCGAGGUACCAAGCGAUCAGAAGCUGCCAACAUUGUACCUGUUAGACAGCAUUGUGAAGAACAUUGGAAGGGAUUACAUUAAGUACUUUGCUGCUAGGCUGCCAGAGGUAUUUGUUAAGGCUUACAGACAAGUUGACCCUCCUAUGCAUUCUAACAUGAGGCAUCUCUUUGGAACCUGGAAAGGAGUCUUUCAUCCGCAAACACUUCAGCUUAUUGAGAAAGAACUUGGCUUUAAUGCUAGAAGUGAUGGCUCAGCAGCUGCUGUUACCACAGGCAGAGCUGAUCCGCAAUCUCAGCGCCCACCACAUAGCAUCCAUGUGAAUCCUAAGUAUUUAGAAAGGCAACGCCUUCAACAGUCGGGACGGACAAAAGUAAUGGUUACUGAUGUGCCGGAGAUCUCCAAUUUGACUAGGGAUUCAGAUAGACUGGAGAGAGUUUCAAGCAUAUCAUCUGGAGGCUCGUGGGCAGGUCCAGCUAAAGUAAAUACCAUUCGACGUCCUCAAAGAGACUCACUUAGUGAACCCCUCUAUGAGAAAGAUGUCGCGUCAAUAGCAGGGGAAUAUGAUUAUGCUUCUGAUCUACCGCAUAAUUCUAGAUCCGUGAUCAAGAAAGUUGGUUCAAGGGUUACUGAUGACGGGUGUGAGAAGCAAUGGUACGAAGAUAUGAGCAGGGGUCCUGAUCUGAUUUCUGACCAGAGGGAUGAGUUACAUACCAAAAGCAGAAUUUCCGACUACGCUACUGCGAGACUAGAAAAUUCGGAAUCAAGUGGUCCCAGUAGAAAUAUAGGUGUGCCUUAUGAUAGUUGGAAAAACUCUGAGGAAGAAGAGUUUAUGUGGGACCUGCACUCAAGGUUAUCCGAAACAGAUGUAGCCACUAUCAACCCAAAGAAUGAGCUUCAGGCACCAGAUGAAUCAGAGAGACUGGAAUCUGAAAAUCACCUCUUAAAACGACCAAGGUUUCCAGCUCUCGACUCAAGGUUUGAUCCGGCGACCUCGAUAAAUUCAUAUUCCUGCGAGCAAAAAGAUCCAAAUGUUUUUGGCCGCUGGACGUCUUCUCCUAGGUCUUUGCAUGAUUCAGAAGUUUUUCCUUCCAUUGGUACAACCUCUAAUGCAGCUAGAAAGGGAAUUCAGCCUCAAUCUAGGGUUGCCAGCUCUGGAAUUUUGCCAGGAACUGUGUCAGAUAGACAAUCCCCUUUACAUGAUUCAACUUCGAAACAGAAUGUGACUAAGCAAGAUUGUAGAAGAGCUCACUCCCUCCCUCAACGUGAUCCUAGGGCUUCCCGGUUUCCUGCAAAGUCUCAAAGUGUCCCCAGGGAUGACUCUGGACGGCCCCUAUCUUCAAGUACUUCAAGUAGUCAGUUGAAAAACACAAAUACGCUUCAACUACCUGAUGCAUCUCAAGUGGAAAAGUUUGACUCUAAGCCAACAGCUAAAAAUGCCCGAGGCCAUACUAUUGCUCCAGAAACUACUGGACAACCAAACAUGGCUGACUUGCUGGAAGCUGUAAUGAAGAGUGGAAUCCUUUCUAAUAACUCAACUUGUGGUGCGAUCAAGGAAGAGAGUUCUCAAAAUGAGGUUAACCCAAUGGCACCAAUCCUGUCAGCAGCCUUUAAGUCUAAGACUUUGCCACCAUCAUUGCCAAUUCCAGUGGCUGGUGACAAUUUAUUAGCUCGUUUAAAAGUUGAACAAUCCUCCGCACCACUUGGUUCGUGCGCAGUGUCUCUUGCUAGUGUCACAUCAGCACAGACAUCAAAAGAGAAUAGUAAGGCCUCAGAUCCUCUGUCGUGCCUCUUGAGCUCCUUAGUUUCACAGGGCUUGAUAUCUGCUUCAAAGAAGGAGCUGCCAUCUCUCGUACAAUGUGUAGCUCCUUUCAUAACACAGGAUCAUAGUCCUGAUCAUUCUACCAACAGCUCUACGUCUGUAUCUGUGGUUCCAUCAGAUGCUCAACCAUUGGCUUUGGUGAAGAAGGGUCAAUCCAGUGCCCCGAAGGUAGCACCAGUGGAAACAGCAAAACUGGAACCAGAAAACCUAAUAGGAUUGAAGUUUAGGGCAGACAAAAUCCGUGAACUUCACCCCUCGGUGAUUAGUAGUCUCUUUGAUGACCUUCCUCAUCUCUGCAGCUCCUGUGGCGUUCGCCUUAAACAAAAGGAAGAGCUUGACAGACACAUGCAGCUGCACGAUAAGAAGAAGCUUAAGUUAAGUGGCACAGACAGUAAAAGUAGGUUUUGGUUUCCAAAGGCUGAUGACUGGAUAGCAGGAGGAGCUGGAGAGCUAGAACCUGAAGAUGAGGAAGUUCUGAGUGAACCUGAAGAUGAGGAAGUUCUGAGUGAACCUGAGAGUGCUGUUGAGGAUGGUCCAGGCGUAGCUGCUGAUGAGGACCAAUGCGCAUGUAUAUUAUGCGGAGAAAUAUUUGAGGAAUAUUUCGGUCAAGAAACGGGUCAAUGGAUGUUCAAGGGGGCUUCUUACCUGACCAUUCCUCUAGCCAACAGUGAGACCAAUGGUCCGAUCGUACAUGCAGUUUGCUUGACCAAGAAUUCGUUGCAGAGCUUGGAAGUUGGAAAUGCAAUCAAGCAGGAAACUUGUUUCUCUUAGUCAUAUCAAAUAAUUAGUGUAUUUUAUUAAGGAUAAUAAUUAUUGCUCCCAUAUCAAAUUAUAUAUUUGCCUCCAUUUUUGUUUAGUUACUUAAUUUGAUCGAUUUUUUUCUAUACAAUUGAGUUAAUUUG